GUAAAGGUCGUUGCUGGCUACUGAAAUAAUGGUAAAGAUCGACUACAUAACAAACUGACUUUGCACAUAGUUCAGUGUAGUGUGCACUAUUUGGAACUCAACUGAUGAGAUCCACCCGGACCCCUCUAAAUUGCUGGACUUUGAAGAAAUGAGCUCUCAAGCGAACAGUAGUGAUGUGCCGAGUGGUCAUGUGAUCUUCCCCUCUGAGGCUGAAGCCUUCGUACGAGAGCUGAGAAUAUUCACACUAGCAGACAUUGGAUCAGAAAAAUGGUCAGUGCAGAGAGAGCGACUUGAGCAGCUCAGCAUGCAGGCCGUGUUUAACGUGACCCAACAGAGCGAUGAAUUUGUGAAAGAAUUUCUCAUUACACACGAAAAGUUGCCUGUGUUGAUACAUGAGUUGCUGGCACUAGAGGUGUGGAGGGAAAAGGUGUUUCCCCUAAUACUGGAGAAGACUGUUAAACCUCGUACCAACUUUCCAGCCUAUCUUGUGCUCCUCCAAGAAGGCACUUUGAUUAGUCUACUGGAAACAUCACUCUUCUAUCAAGAGUGUGCUGAAGCCAUAGAGGGCUGUGUGUUGGAUCUGCUUGAUUAUUGCCACCGGCGACUGACGGGCGUGCUGGGAGGGUGUGAGGGUGUGAGGCAUGUGGAGGAAGUGGACAGUGACAGUAGUGGAGACGAGGAUGGGUUACCGACAAAAUCAAAACUUGUUAAAGAACUUAAGGAGCAAUCUAGCAAUUUGUUGUUCAGUGUCAACAUGAAGGCUGUGUCCAUCCUCCGCUAUAUAACGGACCACCUCUCAUCACACUCUCUGAGUGUGGGUGCGAGACUACUCAACACCCACGACCUGCCUUGUCUCCUCGUCAGUCUAUUGGAGGUCUCUCCAUGGAGGAAAACUGGAGAAAAAGGUCAGCUGCUCGUGUUUGAAGGGAACAAGUGGACCGAGACAGUGCCUGGGGACAGACUGAAGCUGUGUCAGCUGGAGGGGCAGGUCUGGCUGACACUCUAUACACUUCUCAUGGACAGAGACUGCCAACAAAAAUACGAACUCAACAACCACUCCAAGGCAACCAUUCUCAAGCUGCGAGGCUACCUGUCUGAGCCGCUAUUGGAACAAAUCCCUCCUCUGACUGACCUCCAACGCUACCUUCAUCAGCUGACACUCAUGGAGUUACCCACGACAACCAGAGAGCUUAUAUUAGAACAGGCUCCAGAAAUCCACGAGAGUCUACUAAAAGCCAACACUGGAAAAUGGUCGUCCAUUGCCCUAAAACACGCCCGACUAUUACUGGAGCCAUCUCAGGAGGAGCUUCAAAGCAAGGCCAAGAGAUGGGUGGAGUCUUACAACCUAGACGCCCUUGAGGCUUUGAGUGAGGGGCCACCAAAGUGUGUGAUGUGUGGGUGUGAGGCUAACAAGAGGUGCUCCCGGUGUCGAAACGAGUGGUACUGUGGGAGGGAGUGUCAGGUGACUCAUUGGAAGAAACACAAGCCGUCAUGUGAUGUCAUAGCAGCUGCUGGUACUGUCAGCUAGCAAGACAUGUCGUGAACAAUGCGUAUAUAUAAAUUAUACUUAAUACUUAUGGCAAAACAUCACUUAUAUGAUUGUAUCACAAUGAUUACACCACAUGCAACACCUGUUCA